UGCAGGAGGGGGCAUUUGUAAUUAUGAGUGAAUCCAAAACAAGGUUUUUUCCUUCCGCAGCCCCCCGCCCGGCUGUGGGGCCCAGCCACUGCACUUCACCGGAUGCCGUCUGGUUGGUCCUCAGGACUGAUACAGACCAGGACCCCAGGGCCAGCCCGUGCCAGGCUCCUAUGCUUCCAGGAGCGCGGGUGGGUGGUCCUGCUGCCUGGCCGGCCAUCCUCCUGGGGUCGGUCUCUGGCGGAUCCUCCCUCCUCCUCUCAAGCCCUGCACAGCCUGGCCAGGCAGGUGCAUCUCGUUUGGCUGCUGAGGAGCCGGGGGUUCAGGGAAAUUAAGGAACGUGCCCAGGGACCCGGGGCCAGCCCGUGGGGACGCUGGGAUUGGAGCCCAAGUCCCAGGUUCGCCGCGCGGCUCUCGACUUCCUCUCCUUUCCCCCAGGGGCGAGCUCGGCGACCGCAGAGAGGUGGGGUCGAUCUCCCUGCGACCCCAGGGGGCCCGCGAGGCCAGUGCGCGGGCAGGAGCGGGGACCUGCUCAGAAGAGCCGGGCGCCGCCGCGCCCGCCCGGCCCCCGGCUCCAGCGCCCCCAGUCCCCCGGCUCCUGGCUCCGCGCGCCCCCCGCCGCCCCCGGGGCCCUGCUACCCCCGACCCGUCCCCACCCGCCGGCCGCCCCCAUGGCCCAGCUGGGCGCGCUGCUCCUGGCCGCCGCCCUGGGUGCGCUGCUCAGCUUCGCGCUCCUGGCCGCCGCGGUCGCCAGCGACUACUGGUACAUCCUGGAGGUGGCGGACGCCGGCAAUGGCAGCGCCUGGCCCGGGCGCGCAGAGCUGCUCUCCUCGCACUCGGGGCUCUGGCGCAUCUGCGAAGGGCAGAACGGCUGCAUCCCGUUGGUCGACCCUUUCGCCAGUGAGAGCCUGGACGUCUCCACCUCGGUGCAGCACCUCAUCUCACUGCUUCCACUGCCCCUGCGUUUCCAUGAGGACGUUUCCACGCAGACCUGUCCCAGUGCUGUGCUGCUGUCCCUAACCACAGUGCUGCACCGUGCAGUCAUGGUGGUCCUGCCCCUGAGCCUGGUCCUUCUCGUGUGCGGCUGGAUCUGCGGCCUGCUCAGCUCCCUGGCCCAGAGCGUGUCUCUGCUGCUUUUCACCGGCUGCUACUUCCUGCUGGGGACACAGGCUGAGACUGUAACCGGUAACCACCCAUCCGCUGACGCGGCUCCAGCUCCGACUACAUGCCGAGUGCUGGCCAAGUGCUCCUCCGAAGGCUCCUCCGAGGGCCCCCCAGUCCCAGCUGCAGUCCACAUGAGAACAACAGUGAAGUCAAGGUCUCCUCUAGACAAUGAAAUCAGGAAGAAUCCAAAUGACCUGACCCUGCGGCUCAUCUGUGUCCUGACACUGGCGGGGGUCAGCAUCUACAUCAGCUACUCGCACCUGGCCUUUGCGGAGACGGCGCGGCAGUAUGGCCCGCAGCACAUGCAGGGCGUCCGCGUCAGCUUCGGCUGGUCCAUGGCCCUGGCCUGGGGCUCCUGUGCCUUGGAGGCAUUCAGCGGAACCCUCCUGCUCUCAGCUGCCCGGACCCUCAGCCUGAGCCCCCCACUCUGUGGUCAUCUGAGUCCCCAGCAGGUGGGAGGGAGAGGGGGAGACUGAGGCCCAGAGCGGCAGAGGGACCCACCCAGAUCGCCUGGCACCAGAGAGAUGCCGUCUCAGGCCAAGGCCUCC